UUCUAAUCGGUCGUGAUAAAUUCUCCAAGGAGGAGAGAGAAUUCCACACCAUAGUACUUCUCGAACCACAGUCACAAAAACAUUUCACCACCUUUUCAAGUUGAAAUCGGCAUUCAAAUCCCACCUUCAUCUUCAUCGCCACUCAAUCCACAGCCCUAAAUUCCUUACGCAAAGAGUUCCCCCUUUUUAAUCUUGGAAUGGAGUCUGAAAAUGGGGCUAUAGUUGAGGAUGAAAAAAGAGUUGUGUUUGAGAAUUCUAAAGGAGGAGGGGCAAUUCUGGAAUUAAACAAGGAUGAAAUUGAAUUGUCCAAAGAUGUAAUAAAGGUUAAAAGAUCAUCAAAUGAGGGUACCAAAUAUCCCACCACCAAAGGCAAGAAUAAGCUUGAUUCGAAAGGAUCCGCCGUGUUUGGCCGCACCACAAAACCGACAUUAUCCCAAAGCCUCUCGUUCCCCGCCAGAGGUGCAAUUGUAAGGAAAUCCGAGGCGCAUAAGACGGAAGCCAAACAAGGUCUUAAAGCUGCUGAAAAAGUCAAGUCCAAGGUUUCGAAUGGUAAUGGACAAUUUGUGAAGAGCUCGGGAAAGAGGGCCACCGAACGUGCAACUUCAGCUUCAGUGGCAAACCCACAUCAAUCUCCCUUUGGAAAGCAUGUAUUAGCUGAUGGAACUGCAGUUGGGCCCACAUCCGACGUUUUUAUUGAAAACAAAUUGGAGCCCGAAAACAAUGAAAUGCCUGCAAAGGAAGAAAACGAGGAGGAUGUUCAUUCCAUUACUUCGUCAACUCUUACUCCACGUGCCGCCCAGCAGAAGGUCAAUGUCUCGACAUUCUCCUUCAGGUUGGAACAACGUGCUGCCAAACGAAAAGAGUUCUUUUCAAAGAUAGAAGAGAAAAUACAUGCCAAGGAACAGGAAAAGAGUAAUCUGCAAGCAAAAUCGAAGGAAAACCAAGAGGCAGAAAUAAAGCAACUGAGAAAGAGCUUGACAUUCAAAGCUACACCUAUGCCGAGUUUCUACAAAGAACCUCUUCCAAAAGUUGAGCUGAAGAAGAUACCAACUACUCGUGCAAUAUCCCCAAAGCUCGGGAGGAACAAGAGCAACAUGUCAACUCCUCUGGAAAAUGGGGAAUCCUGCGUUAAUCUGAAACUGACCAAAGAAAAUUGCAUUAAUUCACCGAAAAUUCCCAUAAUAAAUAGCGAUAAGGCGAAUGCUGCUCAAAAGAAGUUACCCAAAAGAAGCUCCCUCUCGAAGCCUCAAAACCGGGAACCUUUGGUUGCUAGUAAAGCAAAACAAGCUUCGAAAGAGUGCUUAAAGGAGCAAACUAAUGCAGAAAGCUCGGAUGAGAUCAAGGAUCGUCCAUCUUGUGCUCCAGAAAUGGAGGAUCAAAAGGUUGAAGGGGAUGAAAGUAAUUUUGCUCAGCGUCAUGAUUCGAAUGCGAAUUCUGAGGCACUGAUUGCUGCUGAUGUCACUGUCGAAAGUUGAAUCAGGUUUUUCUUCACCCUGCAUGAUGUUGUUUUUCCUACAGAAAGAGAGGUCAAACUGCAAAUUUAAGUAUGCUUUGUUGUGAAUACAAAUUUAAUCGUUUGAUAAACUUUUGAGAUAUGAAUAUGUGGUGCUGAAGUUGUUCUUUGUUUAUAUUUAUUGGGUAUUUGAGAGAAGUUGUGUAUAUGGUUAUUGGUUAUAUAUGAUGGAUUACAUCCGACAUUUAUCGAUCAUAGUAGCUGUUUUAGUUCUAUGAACCUCUGUCGUGAAGAUUCAUUCUCAUUGAUUCAAGUUCUGGUUUUCCUUAAUUUUAGUCCUGUUAUCUGAUCUUGUCAUGUUCAUAGUCAUUGUUACAAAGUCC